UGUAUUUCAGGCUUAUACAUGUGCUGGGAUGUCCACUGUUGUAGCAGUGAAAGGAAAAAGAGCAGAAGCUCCUAUUAAGUCCGAAUUUAUUAUUGAGAAACCCGAAUUGCCUCCACCAGAUAAGAAUUUUGAAAAAGAGAAGGAGCCAGAGGGUGCAAAUGGAGGACCUCCACCUUCGAAAAAGGCGAAGAAAAACAGGGGUCAAAAUAAACAACGAGACUUCUUCAUGGUGCAACAAACAAGAAAACCAUGUCCAAAUUUAUACACAGUUGAGAAAUGCUCAUAUAAAGACUGUAAGAACUUGCAUACAGAUGAUGAGCUAAAAAGUUAUCUGGACAGUAAACUGCCAGAUGUCUUUGAGGAGUGCCCGGUGUUCAAAAUGUCCGGAUAUUGUUCAUCAGGGUUAACAUGUCGUUUUGCAGGCUCACAUUUGGAUGGCCUAACUAAUAUUUGUAAACAUGGGUGCAUUGUUAAAGCUGAAAAGAAUGGGCAUCCUAUAGAUAUUAUAUUUGAAGUUUUGAACCCUGAAGGGAGCGAAAAUGGCAGUGUUAAAAUCGAAGGCAGAAACACCGAGACGUUAAAUGGGUCUGUAAAAAACGAGACUCACGAAUCAUCAUUAAAUGAAAACGGUGACCUUAAAGCAGAAAAGGGUGACAUAAAAGAAACCGAUAAUACUGAGAAUUUGAAUGGAAAUAUGACAAGAGAAGCUGAAAAGACGUCAGCAACUGAAAAAUGUGAAACUUUAGGUGGUCACCUUUGCCUUGAGAAAGUUUCGAAGCAGUUCAAAAAUGUUACCCCUCGACCUCUGCUGCAGAGUCUGAGAAAGGGAAAAGUCCCAUUACCGAAUACAGAAGACUAUAUGAGGAGAAUCAAAAAGGAAAAGGCUAGAAUAGAUCCAAAUCAUGAAACGUACGACUUCUUGGAGCUAGAUGACCAUCAAGACGUCAAACUCAAAAUUGAAGAGAUCAAAAAGGUUGACUUCACAGACAAACUAUACCUAGCUCCUCUCACAACAGUCGGAAACCUUCCCUACAGACGCGUAUGCAAACUACUCGGUGCUGACGUAACUUGCGGAGAAAUGGCUUUAGCCGAUGACGUAAUAAAAGGUGGCUUCUCAGAACAUGCGUUGCUUCGCCGCCACGAAAGCGAAGACCUGUUUGGCAUACAGUUGUGUGCUCCGAACGUCGACCAAAUUGUAAAAGCGGCUGAAUUUCUUGGAAAUAAGGAUUACUAUGAAGUAGACUUCAUUGACAUCAACAUGGGGUGUCCGAUUGAUUUGAUUUAUCAGAAGGGAGCAGGUAGUGCUCUUAUUUCACACCCCAGAAGAGUGGUCGAUAUGGUGAAUGGAGUAAUGUAUGCUUCUGGACUGCCCUGCACUGUGAAAUUGAGAACAGGAGUCAAGAUGGACAGCAAUAUUGCACAUAAAGUGAUCACUAGACUGAGGAAAGAGACCAGGGUGAAUUUGAUCACGCUGCAUGGACGCAGCAGGGAACAAAGGUACACCAAAUUAGCUGAUUGGGAUUACAUCAAUACAUGUGCGCAGGCAGCCAAUCCAGUUCCUCUUUUUGGAAACGGAGACUGUUUCUCUUUCGAAGACUACCAAAACGUCAAAACAAACCACCCAGCAAUAGCCGGUGUCAUGAUGGCCAGAGGUGCUCUUAUCAAACCUUGGCUCUUUACUGAAAUUAAAGAGUCGAGACAUUGGGACAUUAGUGCUUCUGAACGUUUAGACAUCUUGAAGAACUAUGUCAAGUUUGGCCUCGAACAUUGGGGUUCAGAUGAUAUUGGGGUUGAAAAGACGAGAAAGUUUUUGCUAGAAUGGGUCUCCUUUUUGUGCAGAUAUAUCCCAGUUGGGUUAUUAGAAGUGUUGCCCCAGAAACUGAACGAACGUCCGCCGAACUAUUUCGGACGUAGUGAUUUGGAAACUCUGAUGGCUAGUACUGAUUGCAAAGAUUGGAUCAAAUUGACUGAAAUGCUGCUAGGUCCGGUACCGGAUGGGUAUUUCUUCAUACCAAAACAUAAAGCCAACUCUUUCUCUUCAUAAAAUCAACGUAAUAGAGAAUUUUAUUUAUGAUACAUAAAUUAAAUUUUGUUGUGA